GGGAAGCUUGGAAAGGAGUGCGUUCCAGUACCUUCUCGAGCGCCUUGAACCUUGCACUUGAGGAAUUGGAACUUGGCAUCAUCAAGACUUCCAUGCAAGAUGAGCGGGCGGGCCAGUGAUGACGAAAGGAAGAGACUGUGGGACGAACUUAGCAGAGGGGUAGACAAGUCGCGGUUAGUUGUUGUGCAUUUGACGAAAGGGAACGAAGGAUUUGGUUUCAACAUUCGUGGAGGUUUUGACCAUCCCCAUGUUGGCUCUGACCCAGGCAUUUUCAUUACCACUGUCAGGGCUGACAGUACAGCAGGAAUAGAUGGCAGACUGGAGCCAGGAGACAGGAUACUGGCAGUGAAUGCUACAAGCCUAGAAUGUGUGACUCAUGAUGUAGCAGUUAAUGAAUUUCGCAAAGCUGAAGAAUCAGUUUCGCUACUAGUGGAAAAGAAUGCCGAAGCUCAACUGCUGACACAGCAAGUUCCAAACUCACCAGAGGAGACUGUAGUAGAUGGCCCUCCAAUACUUGGCCCUUGUGAGGAAGAACCACCGCAUCCUGCUAUCAGCUUGUUAAAACAGUUCUACGAAUCUAAACUAGGCGCCUUAUCAAUUGGAUUAGCAGUAGGAAGUUUAGCUGUAUUUGUCGCUCUUAGAAUAUAUAAAGCUGCUAAAUAACAUUGGAACAUAUCUGUGUGUAGCUACUCCUUUCAUGCCCUGGGGUUAUAAGAUCUAUUUUCUCCAUACAACUAGACUGCUACUGUCAAGUAGGCAAGUGUGGAGAAUUUCAAAGUCAUCAACAAAGGGAGCUUUUCAUCUUUAGUUAUCUCAGGACCGCAAGGAAGGAUUUGCAGAAGAAGUUGAUAGUUGUGCACAAAGACAAGACAAAGGAACCUCCGUAUCAUUUUCUUAAAUGGCUGACACUUGACACGAGAAGACUUUUAUGCAGUGAUUGAACAUGUGGCGGCCAGUGUAUAGAAACUGCUACUGUGCUCAGUAACUGGGAAAAGAGCUCCAAGUAGGAAUGAACUAUUCCUGUGAAGCUGCCAUCUGGUUUUAUCCUAGUCUUCUGUUAAUUGUGGUUAAUUUUAUUGUAAUUGUUUUAAAGUGAAUUAAGAUGGUGAGUUGUAAGCUCGGUAAUGAUUGUGAAAAAUGAACUCAUCAACAUGACACAACAAAGAAAAAAGAAAAAAAUCUGAGUCCCAGACAGGAAUCAAACCCACUCUCGUGUCAUGUUGAUAAGUUCACUUUUUGCAUUAAUUGUUUUUAGUUUCUUAUUUUUGGUGCAAGGUUAUUCUUACUUUUUCAGAACCUCUGUGAUUUCCUUAAAAUCAACGAUUAUCUAGUAUAUAAUGUAUUUAUGUACAUAAAGAGUGAUUGGGCUAUUAAUGAUCAGGUAAACUGUUUGCAGUCUUUUUCUCUCGAAAAUCAAAAACGGAAAACUGUACAAAACAAGCUGUAAGAGUCGUGAUUUGGACGAGAGACAUGGGCGCGGCGCCUUAAGGGAAGAAAAACCACCUUGUCGUCCACACCGCGUUUUUUUCUGCGUCCGACCUCACGACGUGUAAUGCUUGUCGGACUCAGAGAGAAGUUGACCUGCUCUUCUUUGAACCUCAAUUUUGAUUCGUUCCUUUUAAUCUGCACCUGUUUUGUUUUUAGAGCUAGAGGCAGUGUUUGUGUUGUUUUCCUAUUGUUUCGUUUGGCCAAUUAUAAAGAACCUUGUGAAUGGUGCAGGUCGCCCCUCUGCGAGAAAAGGCCAACUGCAAGCAGGCUACUCAUGACGAAAGGUGUUUUUAUUAUCAGCUAUUUUCUUAACUUAUUAAAGGAACACGUCACGGUAUGCGCAUCUGGUUCGUCGUUUGUAAUCCGUGUUAAUCUUCUCCAUCCUUAACCAUCCUUUUUCCUUUAUGGUUUAUUAUUAUUUCUUUAGUGUUUUUCUAUCUUAGUAAACUGCUAUUUUCUGGUUUCCUUCAAUACAAAGGUAAUCUUGUACGUGGCCAAAAUAACUCUAAAUGCUGUGAUUGAGUUCCUUUCAAUAUGAGCAGUGGGCUAAUAUGAGCUAAGAGGCUUGCAGAGUAUGAACAUUUCUUAAAUUUUUGCGCUUCAAAUUACGAUUACUGCAAAGCUAAGUCCUCUCUACAACCAAAAUUUACGGCUUCAAAAGAAUUCAAGGGUCGGGACAUCGACUUUUUUAUUGUUUAUGUAAGGUUCAUGUUAAGCGUAAUUUUUACGUCCAUUGUUAGUUUCGUUUAAAGGCCCGCUCAAACGCAGGUCACAUUUUAGUGGAACAUGCGCACCUCAUCUUGAACACGUUUGUACGACCCACAGAACGAUCCAAGAAUGUUGCAACGUGUUUUUUUUUCGUUGAAAUGUGGUGUGCAGUGGGCAGAGCGUCGUUCUAAUAUUAAAGCCUAUUUAAGGCUCCUGUCAAACUUAUCAGUGGAUCUAAGUGUUUUAGAAAUUACAAAUUGUUCACUCACUUGUA